GCCGCAGCAGCAGCAGCAGCAUAGCACGGCUCUGCGCGCCGACUACAAGAGGGUUAAAAGUGUAGAUUGGAUUUCACCCCGGGAAAUCGAGCGCACGGAGUGAACUUGAAUCUUUGGCUAUUUAAGGAGGACUGGGGUUUGUUGUGGAGUUGUGGUGAUUCAGGGCAGAGCCCCGUCCUGAUUGAUUUCAUCUUCCUCGAGUCUCAGAUGACUGUAAAAUGAACAGAUGAAAUUAUUCCUUUUUUGAGGCUUUUUCUUAGGGGCUCUCCGGGCAGCGCGUUUGCAAAAGCGAAGUCAUGAUGUAUUCUCCAAUCUGUCUCACUCAGGAUGAAUUUCACCCGUUCAUUGAGGCACUUCUUCCGCAUGUCCGUGCAAUUGCCUAUACUUGGUUCAACCUCCAGGCUCGAAAGCGCAAGUACUUCAAAAAACAUGAGAAACGAAUGUCAAAGGACGAGGAAAGAGCAGUUAAGGAUGAGCUACUAAGCGAAAAGCCCGAAAUUAAACAGAAGUGGGCAUCCAGGCUCCUCGCCAAGCUGCGCAAAGAUAUUCGCCAAGAGUUCCGGGAGGAUUUUGUGCUCACAGUGACUGGGAAGAAGCACCCGUGCUGUGUAUUGUCCAAUCCUGACCAGAAGGGUAAGAUUAGGAGGAUCGACUGCCUGAGACAGGCUGACAAAGUCUGGCGUCUGGAUCUAGUCAUGGUGAUCCUGUUCAAAGGCAUCCCCUUGGAAAGUACGGAUGGAGAGCGGCUCAUGAAAUCCCCACAUUGCACAAAUCCAGCACUUUGCGUCCAGCCACACCACAUAACAGUAUCAGUCAAGGAGCUUGAUUUGUUUUUGGCAUACUACGUGCAGGAGCAAGCAGUCGACAAUUUACUCAAAUAUUUUGCAGUGACUUUAAGCAGCAGAACAGUCUGGUAAACGUGAACCUUUUCUACGAAAGCACUGAACUUAACAGUUUAAUUACAAACACUUUUUAUCUUCAAAUCUUUUUUGUGAAGAAAAGUUUGAAUGAUAGAUUGAAUGCAUGUAUAUUGCAGGACCUAACUUACUGAUUAAUUCUAAUGGAUUUACCUGCCUGUAAAAGUCAAAAAGUCAAAAGUACAAAGGCAGGCAAAAUAGCUUAAGUAGCUCUUGAACCAAAGAGGCUGGGGUCAUGGUACUCCUACACUCUUGAUUUUAAGUUGUUGGAUAGCUUGAAAUUGGAGAAGGAAUUGCAGAACAUAGCUGAUUUCAUUGAUUUAAACAAAUAGAGAAUAUUAGUUUAUUCAAAAUAUUUGCCUAAACAGAAAUGAGAAAGAUAAGUGUGCUGUAAUAUUAUGACUUCAAAGGUUACAAGAAGCCACUCUGCGAAUAUACUGGAAGAUGAAACUGGCAAAUUUUUUUGUAUCAACCUACCCUUAGCAGAAGCCAUUGUUUAUUGCAAACUGUAUGUAUUUUGUAUCUCUCGUGCUGCUUCACAGUUAAACUUUUGCUAACAUCUGUUUGCUCUCUUGAAGAAGUCAUAUUCAGUUAUCUUUGUGUAUUUUUCCCCAUUUUGCCACUUUGAUUCUCUGCCCUCAGUGAAUGCAGGUUAAUUGGACUUCGCAGUGUACUUGAUUGAGAGCAUCAGACUUGAAAAAGAUAUGCAUGAAGUAAACCAAAAUGCUGCAUUUUACGCAUGCUGUUUUGCUCUAUAUUUCUCUUUUAGAAUACUAAAAUCCGCCUAAUAGUAUCAUAUGAAAAACUAAGCAGGGAAAUUGAAACAAAUGACUGAACGAAAUACGAAGAAGGAAUUAAUGCACAAAAUGAAGAAAGGGGCCAAAUAGUUUGUUUUUUUGUUGCUUUAUAAAAGAAGAUUAGAGGAAAAAGGAGGAGGAAGGAUAGUUCGAGUGCCAGUGAUGGUUGCCAGUGGCACCAGGAUUGGCAUCAGACCUUCUUUGUUUAGCCUAGGAUGCCUGUGAUUUGUUGGUUGGCAUCCGCAUUGCAGUGCAGAGUAAUGUUACAAUAUAUUGACAAUUUCCAGAUCUAGAAAUGUCAGUAAUUCUUUCAGUUCUUAAUGACUACUUCCAUGUCUGCCUUGAAGUAAGAAAUAAGGACUUAAGCAUUAACCUAUCAAGUUUUGUGGUUGACCAACUUUAUCUGGUUCUCCUUUUUGCCCACCUCUGUCAGAAUUCAGCAUCUUUUUCCCCCUAUUCUGUUUCUAUGACCCUCUUGUGCUUUAGAAUCUUAAAAAAAAAAAAAAAAAAAAAAAAAAAAAAAAGAGGCUUAACUUAGAAUUACAAAGCUGCUCCUUUGACUGAAAUGGAGGAAGAAAAUUGGAUGGACACAGUAAUCAAUGUUUAGUGUCAAAAUAAUUUUUGUUCAUAAUACACUUCUACAGGGCUCUGCUUCUGCAUCAGUGCCCUGUUUACUCUGCCUGAGUUUUUAAAAACCCUAAACCUUGAAAAUGUCAAGGGUAUUGUUUCUAAUGAUAAAAAUGAUUUUUUUUUUGUUUCUUUCUCUUUUCUUUCACGCUUUCAUUCUUUCUCUUUUUAUCUGGCAUCACAGAGUAUCUGUCGUUUGCUAUGAAAUGCGUCUGAGUCCAAAAAAUCAUUUGAUGAUAUUUGACUCAAUCAGUGCAGCGCUUAUGCUGCGUUCCCGUUGCUACAAGAACCGCCAUUUUGUUUGUCAAGUGCCAGGAGAGGAGGAAAAAAAAAAAAAAAAAAGGCAGACAAUGUGCUUGAUGCCAAUAAUGGUUGCCAGUGGCACCGAGGUUGGCAUCAGAC